ACCUCUGUACAGAGGUUGUAAGUCAUCUAUAGAAUCCAAGUCAUUGUGCCUAUCAUUUUUCACCCUGGUGGGUUGGGAAACUCAUGGUGAAAUGAUACCUCUGCCCCCAACCACCCUUUUCUCUGGAUUCUUCUUGCUUAGUUACAUAUGCCUUUUUCCUGCCCUCUUGCUAACAUGUGCUCAAUGACAUACUUCUAACCUGCUAAUAUUUCUUGGAAGGUCUCCAGAGAGAGCCCAAUCCCUGUCCUGUAAUAACCAUAGAGCACUUUAAAGAAACAGCCGGGGUUAAAGGCCUUCCCCUGUAUCCAGACCCCUCCAGAGGACCUGGCCCAAAAACUCAGAACAGUUUAGAAUCUGACUACCUGGCCCGAGAUGGCCCUUCAAGCAACAGCUCAUUCCACAGCAGCGAAGAGGAAGGGACUGACCUCGAGGGGGACAUGCUGGACUGCAGUGGGUCUCGACCUCUCCUCAUGGAGUCCGAAGAGGAGGAUGAGAGCUGCAAGCCUCUGCAGGGGAAGCUGGGAGGGGCCGUUCCCUUCGCUCAGCCAGAGGGGUCUACCGAGCCAGCCAAGGCAGCGCAAGGUGGAAGGAAGAACCAGUUCCGCGCCCUCACGCAGCCCACCGCCGAUGGGCUGGGUGAGCCGGAUGUCUUCGCCACUGCCCCCUUCAGGAGCUCAAGGGUUCCCACCGAUGACACGGACAUUUUCGCCAAAGCCCCAUUUGUCUCCAAGGGCAGCGUGGCCCUUUCCCAACCCGAGGAGGCGGACGUAUUCUUGAGAGCUCCUUUUACCAAGAAGAAGAGCCUGGAGGAGUUAGCGGGGGCCCAGAUAGCCACCUCCCAGGAGUCGCCUGCCCAGGCCGGUCUCCUCGGUCCGACCGAUGACGUCCCCCUGCUCCCGGGCCUCGAUCGAGCCGUGUAUCCCUCUGUCCGAGCUCAGUAUUCCGUGGCUGGUUUUGCCCAGCAGUCUAACCUCCCCUCCCAUUCUGUCCAAGCAGCAGACCGUCUCGACAGCAUCUCUCCCAGGGGCCCCGCCCUGGAAUCUGGGGCCCAUCCUAAUGACAGAAACAAAGGGCCUCAGCCCCAGAAAGAAGUUGUCUCAGGCCCCGUGGCUGGCAAACCAUUCCGCCCCCAGUCUUUAUCCAAAUAUUCCCGUCACUAUAGCCCAGAAGAUGAGCCAACCCCAGAAGCCCAGCCCAUCGCUGCCUACAAAAUUGUUUCGCAAACCAAUAAGCAGUCGAUAGCUGGCUCUGUUUCCAUCACAUCCCUUUCCUCCAGGACUACGGAGCUGCCAGCUGCUGAUCCUUUUGCUUUAGCACCCUUCCCUUCGAAAUCAGGCAAGCAGAAACCUUAGGAGCCAUACCUGAGCCUUGGGCCUCUGUCCUAUCCCACUCUCAGUACCCACCACAUGGCACCCAGCUGAGCCUUCUUAAGAAGAACUAUGUCAGUUACUAUCUCUCAGUUCCAGGAAUCAGAGCAGAACUUGUCAGUGAACAAACUGAGUUGAGGUGAUACUUAGUUGAAACUCCUUUGAAGUUAUGCUCAUUUCCUUCAUUUAUGUUGAUUUCUGGACUUUCAGGCAUUGCCAUGCCCACCUCCACCACCAACUCUGCUUUGUGUUGUUUGCCCAGAAACUUUAAAUCUAGAACUACUUCCCACUAAAUCCAGAAAUAACUUCCCAAAGGGGCCACAUUACUGCUUUUUUUUUUUUUUUUUCCCUUGGAGUUCCUGUUCGGAGUCCUGUCCAUUGAGGAAUCAAGAUGUGUCCCUCUAGGACUUGAUUUUUACUCUUGAAAAGGGUAUCUUUCAGGAAAGAAAUAGAAGACAAAAAUGCUGCACAUCAGAAGGAAGUGCAAUCCUGCAGAUACGAAUCAUUCCUGUAAAACCAGCAGCUUUAGAAGGAUUCUCUGGAUCUGAUUCUGGGUUUGUGCAAGCAGGCCAGCCCUCAUGCCUGAGCGUGGGUGUGUAACGGUGUCAGGUCCUUGCCUGUAUAGAAGUGCAAACAAAUGGGAUAUCUGUGCUUGUGCCUUCCCCACAUGCAGGCUUUUUAAAUUCGUGUAAGGGCACAGGUGUGUGUGUGCAUGCUUGUGUGCACAGGAAGCAUUCUUCCUGUAGGUCAGCCUUGUCCCACCUUGCGUUCCUCCACAAUCACUUAUUUGCUGGCACUGGUCUCCUGACCUAACUGGCUUCAACUCUGUGUUGCUUUAGUUCUUUCCUCGUGGCAGAAUUGAACUCAUUGGGAUGUAUAGGAAAAUCCUGCUGGGCAUGAAGUUUCUGAGUAGAUUCCGACCCCCCCCCCCGAAUUUGCUGUUUGCUGUCAACAAAUUCCAUUUACAUGGUCUUGCAAGAUUAAUUCUCCUUAUAUGGUUCUCCCCCAGAACAGUAGAAAAGAGCAUCUGGUCACUGUUCCAGCCACGGGGUUUGUGGUCAAAGUUAAUUUUUAAAAGUACUUUAAAGGAGUUCCCUUGUGGCGUAGUGGGUUAAGGAUCCAAUGUUGUCACUGCAGUGGCUUGGGUCACUGCUGUGGCGUAGAUUCGAUCCCUGGCCCAGGAGUUUUCGCGUGCCAGAGGCACGGCCAAAAAAAGAAAAAGAAAGAAAGCACUUAGCUGUAGGUCUGAGCACUCCAUGCUGUCAUUAGGAAAUUAAUUCACCAUGAGACUAGGCUACAAACUAGGUUUGUGUUUGUUUUUCCACAUCCCUGCCAUCUUUGUCUUCUGCCUCUUAAGAAAAUAGAAACCUGAGACAUGUAAAUUAAGUUUGGGAGGAUGGAAAAAAGCUGAAUCAGCUAACCGUGAAAACCUUUGGACUCUCUUUCCCUUUUGAUGUUGAAAUAGGACAGAGAGGUGGCUAACUUGUGUUUUUGAAACGUCUCCUAUUUCUGCAAAGAUCUGCCUCAUCCUUGGCUGUUUCCGUACCCUUUAUUAUUAGUGCCUUAAAAUGAAACUUAGGUCUCAGUGGGAGGAUUUCUGCUAAAGAAGUUCAAUUUAACAUUUCCACUCGAAAGCUUCCUGUGACUUGUAGUAAAUGUUAGUGAUUUCUCCAUUAGCUGGAGAAGUUGAGAGGGUGGCUUACCAAAUCAGAUUAAUGAUUUAAGAAUUAUUGGAAGUUCUUCCAAGAAUCAAGCCUGAAUGCCUGACUCAAUUGCAGUUGAAGUUGAUGUUCAGGGAUCUUGGCAGCAAAAUAUGAACAGAUACUUUUUUAAGAAUUUUUCUGGUUUGGUCUCCACCUAUUUCAGCUGUCCAGGUUAAAAGAUAAACUUAAAUCAUAGGCAUGGGGCAGGGCUCCUAGCAUUGGUUUUCCAACUGAGUUUUCAGCUGUGCCAAUCCUUCCUUUUAGCGGUUGCUAAAUGUUCAUUCCAAGAGUUGGCUUUUCUCCCAGUGAUCAUUUCUGAAUUUUCUGUGUUACAGUGGGUGCAGAAUCAUCUUUCCAGUCACAUGGUUUUGGCUAACGCAUAUGGAAUUUUAUGCCCCAAACUCUUCCCUUCGCCAUUAUCAAUUCAAGCUUUCAUGUGCAGGAGUGAAAAGGAUGGGAGUAUUCAGGGAGAAAUCUCACCCCAGGUUAGAGACUCUUAAAAUAGAAGGUCACUUGAGUUCAUUCUUCUAAAUAUGCAGGGUUACCUUUAUAACAGCCUGGCAAAAGAUUUCCUUUGGUUAUUUGAUCAACCCUUCCUGAUUAUUUUAGUUCUUAAGGUAAAAAUCAAUAAAAUUGUGAUGAUUUUAUCGCAUAAUUGAGUCAUUUGUCAAGCUGAACUUCUAACCCUUUUUAUUGUCACUUGGAGACCUGUGGUGGGUGGUGACUCUACAUACCUUUUUUGAAUAGGAGAUGAAUAUAAACACAUGCAAAUUUUGUGUUAUUCCUGAGUCAUGCAUGGAAGUAUUUUGACUAUUGCAUCACAUUAAUAGCUGAUAGUGAAUUCUGCACCGAUCUUCUUUGGCUCAUUUAGGGUCAGUGGAUCAUUUAAACAUACAAUGUUCUUGCCAGAGGCCAUCCUGAAUCUGGAAAUCUGGUAACUUUAGUUUUAAAGGAAUUGAGUGCUCAGGUGCUUUGAAUUAGUAGCAAAUGCAUGUUCCCAGCAACUACUGCAGCAGGUUAACAUCAAGGAGAAAAAGAAAACAUAUAGUCAACAAUGCUGCACUACUUGUUUUCGUUUGUUUUGUGUGUUACUUGCUUUAUACAUAAGAUACAAAAUGCAGUAACCUGUGACCUUUCAUUUCAGUGGAGUGCAGUGGGCCAGACUAUAUUUAUACAUAAAGCACUGACCUGCAGCACACACUGAUGAACUCUUAAAGAAUCUACAUUAACCUACUCACAGGCACUAUUGUGUUAAUGAGGUUCUCUUUUGUGUGGUGCAAAUAUGUAGCCUCUCUGUUUCUUGGGCUCACAUAGAGAUAGCCCUUUAGCUCCAAAUCCUUGUUAGAUUGGAAAACAGAAUGAACAAAACUGGAUGCUAAAGCCGAUGCUAAGCAGGACCCAAGGACUAGGUCACAAACUCCAUUUCCUUUUGGGCCCACUCAUCCUUGAGUUGAGGUUUCAAGUGUGUGAACUGCUGUGACUGUAUUCACACGCUCAUGUUAGAUUGGAGUUGAACCUGGCAACCAACACUUAUUUCUGAACUUUGAAGAAAAAUACCAGUAUCUUACUGACCCAUUAUAUUUAGUAAGUUUUAGAAUACAUGUACAUCAAUGUUUUCAACUAUUUGGUAGCUAUUUCACUGGUUCAAAAGGGAAAAGUAGCGGAUGUCAGUUUUCUUGAAAAUAGGUGUAAUCACCAGAGUGACCUAAGAAUAGAAAUUCAAUCAUGCUGUUUUUGGUUCCCUAACAAAAAGUCAUCGAAACAUAGGUAUAGGAGCCCCAGGUGGUGCAGCAGGUUAAGGAUCCGGUAUUGUCACUGCUGUGGCAUGGAUUCGAUCGCUGGCCCUGGAACUUUGUAUGCUAAAGGCGACACCAAAAACAAAACAAAAAAACAAAUGUAAGUUAUAUAAUAUGCGUGCAUUAUAGCAAAUAGGAAAUUUUAUGAUAGGAAACCAGAGAAGGGUGAGAUCCAACUCACUCUCUAGCAGGAACGAUACUACUUAGAUUGGAGUUCCUGGGGUUCCUUUAAUAAAGAAAGAUGUUAUUCUCUGCUGUGUCUUUGGAAUUGAAAUUGGAGAACACAGGCCAGUCAACUCGGGAAUGGCUGCUGGUCAUACGUAUGCAGUUUUAUAUGAGAAAUUUGGAACCCAGAUUAUUCUGAUGAAAGGUACAUAGGAGAGCCACUGAAAGACCACGGCUUCUAAGGAGGUAGGAGCACCAUGUAAAUGCCCACAGCCACCCCCCAAGUUCUAAUCCUGCCUUCUGGAGUAAACACGAAGACUUUAAAUGGAAUCAUGCAAUGUAAAUUCUGUUUUUUCCAGUGACUUUGUCAGCUGCUACUUGUUUGUUUGCUUGUUUGUGUGUUUUAACCACCAGAACACUUGCAAACUUGUGACGUUCACUUAAGGAAGGAAUUCGAAAUGCUUGAAAAUAAAAAGUAGUAUCUGGUUGGGAACAGUGUGUGUGUGUUUUGCUGCAAGAUAAAUUUGUGAGAUUGCUGAAAACUAGCUGCUCACUUUGACGUGGGCAUCUACGCUGGCAAUGGCUUGAUUCUCAGGAUGCCACCAUUUCUCUGUGACUUCCUGGUCCUCCCAGCCACGUUUUGCUCCUUGACCUUUAUGAGGAAUCAGGCCUCCCAUGUGUGAGGCCCAAGAUCCCAUCGUUUAAAAACCACCAGGCACAGGUCCUUCCUGCCUUUUCUCUACCCCUGCAGGUCUUCCUGGCUCACCUUCCUUGGUCUUUUUCCUGUUCCUGCUUCAUUUCCUCACUGGACAUUCUCCUUGUAUGACCACACCAGUAAAGGGGUAAUGAGAGGUAUGAUUGAAUGACCAUGUUCAUUUUUAUUUGCCUCCUUUGUGACUGUAAACAGUUUCCUCCUAAAUUUCAGCCUGGCCUGUGAUAAUCUCACCACACUGGAAUAAUUGCAAAUAAGAAUAAAAUGGGUCACUUCCCUAUUUCAUCUAGAAGGAAAGAUGAAGGAAGAUUGGCAGAAGCCCAGCCUGACUCUGUGGAGACACAACCCAAAAGCCUUAUGCACUCCACCUUGAUCCAACAGGCCUGGAGUACCCUAGAAUACAGGCGCAAGUGUGUGUGUGUGUGUGUGUGUGUGUGUGUGUGUGUGAGAGAGAGAGAGAGAGAGAAAGGACUCUAGAAUAGCUUGUAAAAGUGACUAAAUGUUAACCAGCACACUCGUGGCUUAGUCCAGUACUCCCAUAACUGGUAAUUCCAUAAGGCAUUUAGUCUGAGCUACUUCUUAGCAAUUUCAAUAUGUGACACAGUGUUUGUGUUUAGAGCAACAAUGUGCUUGAAAUUAAGUCAAUGUUACUGACAUUGCAUUGUCAUAGAACCAUAAAACCAUUGUCAUAGAAAUAUAUAUAUAUAUAUUAGAGGAUAAUAAUAUAUACUCUAAUAUAUAUGUUCUCUACUCUGAUUCCUUUUGUAAGGAAUUGCAAAAAAUGGUUUUUACCAAUGUCAGUUCAAGAGACUUUGGGAGUGAGAGAAGACAAGUUCGCCUUUCUACUCUGAAACAGCAAGUCAGUUGUAUUCUCUGAGUCUACCAAAGUCUCCAAUUAAAGAGUGUGAGCGGAGUGUGUGUGUGUGUGUGUGUGUGUGUGUGUGUGUAUCCUCAUGCUUUCUGCCGUGGUAUUAAAGACCUAAUGAAGGCAGCCAAAGAAUACCAAGUGGUGACAGUAGGUAUUUGGAAUGAGUAACUUCGGUUCUGUUUGCCUACAACUGAGUUAAAAUUGGAGUGGUUCUAGAUUGAAGGUGAGAAAAAGCAGUCAUUGCCUUAGACUCAUUUCCAUAGUAAGCAUGCUCUUCUCAUCCACAAGGAUGAAACUCAUGUAGGGUUUGACCUGAACUCUUGGCUCAAGUGUGGUAUUGGGAGGGCAGUAGUGACCAGAACACUACAGGGCUUGCAUGAUAUUACUUUGAAAGAGGGAACAUGCAGCGUCAUUUGUUAGGGGAUAGAAAAGGAAUAAAAGCCAAGGACCACGCUCUCUCCCUGAAGAAGAGGUGAACUCCCUCUACUGCUAUAUUUUGAGUUCACAGAAUGAGGAGGUUGACCCAGCUGUAAGGGGUAUUGAGGUCCUCAGACCUCAGAAAACAAUAUGUGCAUGUAACCUCAAAGGCUGUGAACAUGAGAAAGGGAAAAAGACAUUUCCAGAGUCAAUCUUAAUGGUUUUUGCAAUACCUCUUAUUUGCAGAUUAUUGAAUUUAUGUUAUUGCACCCUUCGUGUGAUCUCUCUUAUGUAUCUGAUAGUUUUUAUGAAUAAUUUUUGAGUUGUAAACUCCUGUACACUUUAUUAAAAUGGACAUAAU